GAGGAAGCCAUGAUGGCGGUCGCCAAGUCGUAGAGAAAAACCGUGUGACAAUUCCAAAUAAAAAUCACAAACCUACAGCUGGAGAAUCAAAGAAAUAUUAGACAUUUUGCCUUGACCCACAAUGAUUCAGGUGGGCAUGUUCAGCACACCACCACCCCCUAUACCACAGGGGAAGCCCCCACCACCACCAAUGGGGGGUGGGGGGGCACAGUUCCAGCCGCUAUCCUUCAAACCAUUUAAGGCCCCAGAUGGAGAGUUUGAUGGCAAAAGGCUGCGCAAGAGCGUUAUGCGCAAGACAGUUGACUACAACUGCUCUGUGGUGAAUAUGCUGGAGUGCCGUGUCUGGCAGAGGGAUGAGCGUGACCGGAGUUGCCUGCAGGCUGAUGUGUGCUAUGCCUCAGAGAUGCUACCCCCACCUGCCUACCCUAUGAACCCCAUCAAUGCUGUUGUGUCCAAGUUUGUGCGCACAUCCACCAACAAAGCAAAGUGUCCCAUCUUCUGCCUGGCCUGGACACCUGAGGGCCGUCGUCUCGUGACAGGUGCUUCCUCAGGGGAGUUUACCCUAUGGAAUGGCCUCACCUUCAACUUCGAAACCAUUCUACAGGCCCAUGACAGCAGUGUUCGGACGAUGGUGUGGUCGCACAAUGACCAGUGGAUGGUGACAGGCGACACAGGAGGUUUUGUUAAGUACUGGCAGACCAACAUGAACAAUGUGAAGCUCUUCCAGGCCCACAAGGAUCCAGUUCGCGGCCUCAGUUUUUCCCCAAGUGACCAGAAGUUUGCCACUGGCUCAGAUGACGGCACUGUUAGAAUAUGGGACUUUUACCGCUGUUAUGAAGAGAAAGUUCUCCGAGGCCACGGAGCUGAUGUCAAAUGCGUAGACUGGCACCCAUCAAAGAGCUUGCUGGCAUCGGGGAGCAAAGACAAUCAGCAGCCAAUUAAACUAUGGGAUCCUCGCUCUGGUCAACCCCUUGCGAAACUACAUGCUCAUAAAAGCACAGUCAUGGAUCUGAAGUGGAAUGCCAAUGGUAACUGGCUCUGCUCAGCAUCCAGAGAUCAUCUGCUCAAGCUUUUUGAUAUCCGUAAUCUUUCCACAGAAUUCCAGGUAUUCAGAGGUCACAAAAAAGAGGCAUCAUGCAUUGCAUGGCAUCCCCACCAUGAGGGUCUGUUUGCUAGUGGUGGGUCUGAUGGCUCUAUCCUAUUCUGGCAUGUUGGUAAUGACAAGGAAGUGGGUGCCAUUGAGUCUGCUCAUGAUGGCAUCAUCUGGGAUCUGGCCUGGCAUCCUCUCGGUCAUAUACUCUGCUCCGGCUCCAAUGAUCACACAUCAAAGUUUUGGACGAGAAACCGGCCGGGCGACAAGAUGAGAGACAAGUACAACCUAAACACAUUACCGGCUGGAGUCCUGGCCGACGACUCCAUGGAUAUUGAUGACAUUCCUCUGAACUCAAGCCUGACCUCCCAAGGAGCCAUUCCUGGUAUGGGUCCGGAUGACAAAAUUGAAGAGACGGAAACAGCUGGGCCUGAGACCAUCCCAGGCUUAGACUUUGAAGGUGUUGGAUUUGACAGAUUUUCCAAGAAAACUCCAUAUGCCAAACCUAUUCCCAAGACCUUUCAGGCUGCGUGGAAUGCCGCUGGUGGGCUUGAGGAAGAAAUUGAGGAAGAAAACAGUGCGACAAGCUGGGUAGUGACGGACAGCGCUGCUCUGUUCUGCAUGCCAGCCAAUAUAGAAGGAGAGAUGGUCUACACGGAUGAUGGCGACGAACUUCCACCUGGCUCAGUGCCCCUGAACAACAUUAAGGCCAACUCCAUUUUGUACUGCGGUUUCCUCAUUCCUCUGGAGAAAGUGGCAGGAGAUGUCAUCCAGAAUGCCUUUGCCACCAUGGAGGAAGAGGAUGCCAUUGCUGAGAUAACUGGAGACUUUGAAUUUGCCAGGAAACUCAUAAAAGAAAAGAACCAGCUAUUGAAUCCAAAUGCCAGUGAGGAACCUCCAGAGAAGAAGGGUGGACCUCAGUUUGGUGAACAGAAGAAUCCCAAUUAUGGCAAUAGCAACAACAAUACAGGCAACUACCAAGGCUCAGCAGGGUUCCAGGGCAUGCAGCAACCCUUCGGUGGUGGUCCUAGUGGCCCACACAACCCCAACUCACAGAGAGGGAGCUUCCGAGGACAAUUUGAUGGAGGGUUCAACCGUGGUGGGCCCAGAGGGAAUUGGUCACACAGAGGAAGCGGCCCAAGGGGAGGCCACAAUAUGGGGGGGAUGAGGGACGGUGGCGAGCAGUAUGAAGAGGGCUUUGAUGAAGACUGGGGGUAUGAUGAGCAAGGCAUGGGGGGGCUAUGA